GUCAUUGAUCAAGAGGUCCUUUUUGUCUCUCUCGUUCUCCUCGCAACGAAGCAAGUUUGGGUGCAAAAGAAAGAAAAAAGAAAUCGCCAUGGAAGACGUGAACCAGUUGUUCGAUGCUGCUUUCGAGUUCGCACACUACCCCGGUCCUCAAGGCGACUCCUCGGUUAAGGAGUUCCUCGAUCGCUUCCCUCUCCCCGUUAUUUUCAAUGCUUUGCAAACGGAAACGGAUAUCCCAGGAUUUGAAACCACGCUGGUAACUUGCUUGGAAAGAGUUUUCAAAACUAAGUACGGAGCCUCACUCAUUCCUCACUACAUGCCUGUUCUGCAAGCUGGUCUCAAGUCAAAUUCUGCAGUGGUGAAAUCUCUGGCUUGCAAGACUGUCAACUCUCUCUUGGAGAAUCGAGAUGCAAACGAUGUUUCCCCUGUUCAGCUCAUUGUCAGCAAUGGCAUAUACCCUCUUCUGCUUGAGUAUAUCAUAAAAAGCGAUGAUGAAGUGGCAAACGCUGCAAGUGAGACUAUUAAGAGUCUAGCACGCUUUCCAGAUGCAAUGUCGGUAAUUUUUCCUACUGAUACCAACGAUGCUACUCACCUUGGUAACCUUGCUGCUAGGAGUUCGUCGCUGGCACGUGUCCGGGUUUUGUCUUUGAUAGUGAAGCUUUUUUCGAUUUCUCCACAUGUAGCGUCAGCAGUUAAGAACUCAGGUCUUCUUGAUUUACUGGAGGCAGAAAUGAAGGGUACAAAAGACACUCUUGUGAUCUUAAAUGUUCUGGAGCUCUACUAUGAGUUAGUGGAAGUGGAGCACAGUUCAGAAUUCGUGCCACAAACUUCACUUAUUCAGAUGUUUUGUUCUAUCAUCAGUGGGACAUCAGUGGAUCUCUUUCUGAAGUUGAGAGCAAUGAUGAUAAGUGGCAGACUCCUCUCGAGGGAAAAUAUCUACAAUACAGUGGACGAAACUUGUGUGAAGGCGUUAAUUUCAGCUAUUGAUGCGAGCCUGGAGUCACCGGAGAUGAAUGAUACAGAUGCACAUGAAGCUGCGCUUGAUGCACUUGGUCAAAUUGGAUCAACAACGAGGGGAGCGAAUCUAGUCCUUUCGACUACACCUCCAGCUGCAAGACACGUUGUUGCUUCUGCCUUUGAUCGCAAUGCACUUGGAAAACAGUUGGCUGCACUUCACGCACUGGCAUACAUUGCGGGUGAAACACGGCCUAAAAGCAGCAGAAUAGUUGAUGAAAAAGCUGAAGAAAACCUUAGAUGUUUAAUAUACGAUGUUGCAGCACAGAGCACAAAACUAACCCCAUCCGGUUUGUUCCUUUCAGUUCUUCAACAAAGCUCAGAGAUGCGUCUUGCGGGCUAUAGAACAUUAGCAGCGUUGGUGUCGCGGCCAUGGGGGCUGAUGGAGAUCUUGUCGAAAGAAGAGAUAAUAAACAUAGUGACGGAUGCAACCACUGAAACUGCAAAGAUAGCAAUGGAAGGGAGGUAUAACUGCUGCAAAGCAAUUCAUGAAGCGUUCUUGUGUAGUAACUUUGUUGAUGACCCUCGUCGUCUAAAAACUGGUGAAAAGUUGCAAGAAGCUGUUCGAAGUGGACCGUACAUGUCGAAGAAGUACAGAGACGCACGACCAGAAGUAAUGAUGGCCGAAGGGUUCUAAUGACGUAACUAAAACCGGAAGUUUUUUAAAAAACUUGGACCAGAGUUGUCUCUUCUCCGUUGUUCGAUAAGCAACUUUAGUUCAUCUUUUCUGUCUAAAAAAACUUCGAAGAGGAUAUUGUUUUUGACUUUUUUAGCGUUUGAACUUGAAUAACAGUACUUUUUCGUUACAACUUGGGCGUUAAUAACAACAGCAAACAUUA